GCCAUGGGGGGCUUGAAGGACGAACUGCUCAAGGCCAUCUGGCACGCCUUCACCGCGCUGGACCUGGACCGCAGCGGCAAGGUCUCCAAGUCCCAGCUCAAGGUCCUGUCACACAAUCUGUGCACGGUGCUGAAAGUUCCUCACGACCCUGUUGCCCUUGAAGAACAUUUCAGGGACGAUGAUGAAGGGCCUGUCUCCAAUCAGGGCUACAUGCCGUAUUUAAACAAGUUCAUUUUGGAAAAGGUUCAAGACAACUUUGACAAAAUCGAAUUCAACAGGAUGUGUUGGACCCUUUGUGUCAAAAAAAACCUCACAAAGAGUCCCCUGCUUACUACUGAAGAAGAUACAUUUAAAAUAUGGGUUAUCUUCAACUUUUUGUCUGAGGACAAGUAUCCAUUAAUUAUUGUGCCAGAAGAGAUUGAAUAUCUGCUUAAGAAACUUACAGAAGCUAUGGGAGGAGGUUGGCAGCAAGAACAAUUUGAACAUUAUAAAAUCAAUUUUGAUGACGGAAAAGAUGGACUCUCUGUGUGGGAACUUAUUGAACUUAUUGGAAAUGGACACUUCAGCAAAGGCAUGGACCGGCAGUCCUUGUCCAUGGCGAUCAAUGAAGUCUUCAAUGAGCUCAUAUUGGAUGUGUUGAAACAGGGUUACAUGAUGAAAAAAGGCCAUAAGCGGAAAAACUGGACCGAACGCUGGUUUGUGCUGAAGCCCCACAUAAUCUCUUACUAUGUGAGCGAGGAUCUGAAAGACAAGAAAGGGGAAAUCCUCUUGGAUGAAAAUUGCUGUGUAGAGUCCCUGCCUGACAAAGAUGGAAAGAAAUGCCUCUUUCUCAUUAAAUGUCUUGAUAAGACCUUUGAAAUCAGCGCCUCGGAUAAGAAGAAGAAACAGGAGUGGAUUCAAGCCAUUCAUUCUACCAUUCAUCUGUUGGAGCUGGGCAGCCCCCCACCACACAAAGAAGCCCGAGAGCGUCGGAAAGAACAGCGGAAGAAGCUGCUGGCUGAGCAGGAGGAGCUGGAGCGACAGAUGAAGGAGCUGCAGGCAGCCAAUGAGAACAAGCAGCAGGAGCUGGAGACUGUGAGGAAGAAACUGGAAGAAGCAGCCUCCAGAGCAGCCGAGGAGGAAAAGAAACGUCUUCAGACUCAAGUGGAGCUGCAGGCCCGGUUCAGCACGGAGCUGGAGCGGGAGAAGCACAUCCGCCAGCAGAUGGAAGAACAGGUUGCCCAGAAAUCCUCGGAACUGGAACAGUAUUUGCAGCGAGUACGGGAGCUAGAAGACAUGUACCUACAGCUGCAGGAGGCUCUCGAGGACGAGCGACAGGCCCGGCAAGACGAAGAGACCGUGCGGAAGCUUCAGGCCAGGCUGCUGGAGGAAGAGUCCGCCAAAAGGGCGGAACUGGAGAGGUGGCACGUGGAGCAGCGGCAGGCCAUCCAAACGACGGAGGCCGAGAAGCAGGAGCUGGAGAACCAGCGCGUCUUGAAGGAACGGGCCCUGCAGGAGGCGAUGGCCCAGCUGCACCAGCUCGAGCUGGAGCGGAAACAAGCGCUGGAGCAGUACGAGCCCGAGUCUGCUCUGUUCCAGGGAGUCAAAAAGAAGCUGGAGAUGGCGACCAGUAAGACCAAGAGCUGGAAGGACAAAGUGGCCCAACAUGAGGGAUUGAUUCGACUGAUAGAACCUGGCUCCAAAAACCCUCACCUGAUCACUAACUGGGGCCCUGCAGCGUUCACCGAGGCCGAGCUGGAGGAGAGGGAGAAGACCUGGAAAGGAAAGAAGCUGGCUGAGUAAGAAGUGGUGGAGCGGCCGAGAGCUGGGUGCUAAACGCCAGCAGCACCGGCUCCCCGCCCCGCCUGUUCUUCCUUCGGGGCCUCCAACUGUGUGAGGACGCCCAGGGAGCCUUCUCAUUUAUCUCCGCUUAGGAACGUGUCUUAAGGUUUCUGGCUGCUUAAUAAACACAUGUCAUUUUUAUUUAAUGAUCUCUUUGAAGCGCCUUUGUAAGAAGAAAUUCGGUUCUUACCGGGACUAGCUCUCUGUAUCUGUGUGCCUUCGAAAUUUCCCAGCUCCUCGGAACGUUAGCCACUUGGCCAUAAUGUCCUUGUCCUCGGAAGCUGGCAGGUGCGGUAGGCCAAUGAAACCUGGGUGGGAAACAGUCCCUCCCACGGUUUGAUUCUGUAUCACUCCAGGUCCACUCCAGCAGGAAGGAGGGAAGGACACGUCACAGAGAAGCUGAUGACCCCGCUGGGGUCUUAGGGGUGGGGAGAUGGGCAAGCCCGUGCCUGGGGGCAGAGUGAUAGUGGGAUGUGCAUGUGCUUAUACUUGGGGGAAGUGGCACGGUGGGCCAUAUGCCUUGUGGGGUCCUUCCUUAGCCUGACGUGUUCCUCAGCUACACCUGAAGGCAUGAAGGGAGCUUAGCUGUGCCACGCAGCCCCUCUGCCCAGGCCGGCGCUGUGGGCCUGCUCUCCAGCUCCGUGUGAACCCCGAGCAGUGUGCACGGUGCAUGUGCGUGGGGGUGAAGGAGAGUCCCUGAACUGCAGAGCGCUUCUGAUUCGCAUCCUGCCUUUAAUGGCACAGAUGCAGGCAUGCAGUCAUUCUUUUAAGCAGCGCUUUGGCUAGGACGGAAGAAAGACACAACUUUCUACUCCCAUGAAGAGUGAACAGUCUUGGAAACCCGCAGGCGUAGUUCUGCCCUGUCCUAUGAGUCAGAAUCGACGUGGUGGCAGCGAGUUUGCUUUUUUGUUUACGAUAGACAAUGCCAACCCCAAAGUCCCAUGUGGAAUGGUCUUUUGAUAGGGAAUCAUCAGUGAUUGGAAUAGUUCCAACAGGUACCAGCUGUGCACCUGCUGGCCACGCCCUUGCUUUUCCUUUUGUACAAAGCCCGUAGGGAGACUCUCAGGUGUGGGAACGCCCUCCUCAAGCCUUUUCCUUUAUAAGUAGGGGUGUGGCCAUUGGUAGGAAUUACAGCGUGGAGUGGGAAUGAUGUAUUUAUAAUCUCCAAACAUUCUUCUUAUCUAAAUAUUGUACAAUGUAAUGUGCUGAGCUUUCUUUAUAGUUAGCCAAUUUUUCUAAGCCAUAUUAAAAAUGUUUUAUAUGUUUGGGUGUUUGGGGUUUCUUUUAGUAAAAUGGACCCAGUAAGAAAAUGAAAAACAAAGAAACAAAAGAUCAAAACAAUGUACCUUUCAACUGUCUGGCUUAAUAAAAUACUGGGUAAAGCUG